GUUCGGUGCGCUGACGUAUUGUGGUUGAAAAAUAAACAUUCACAAUUUACAAUAGUUUAUCGAAGCCCCCCGCGAAAAGCGUUCGUGGCAUGUAGUGAAAUGCGUUAAACGUUAUCCCAUUUCCGCAUAAGAAACAGUGUGUGUUAUAAUUUAAUAAAAACAAUGAGCACUCGGAUGUAUUUUGGUGGCGUCGAGGGGGGCGCGACGCAUUCCAACCUGGUGAUAUGCGACGAGACUGGGAAUGUGGUGGGUCGAGCUAGAGGCCCUGGCACCAACCACUGGAUACUGGGUAUAGAGGGGUGCGCCGACAGGAUCAUCGCCAUGCUGCGAGAGGCCAAGGAAGACGCUGGUCUACCUGGUGAUGUGCCUUUGGAUUCCUUGGGUCUGACGCUAUCGGGGUGCGAGCAGGACAGCAGCAACGCAGAUUUGGCUGCGUGCGUGAAAGACAAGGAUAGCUGCUCAGCGCGAGAGAUCUAUGUUGGAUCCGAUACAGCUGGAUCCUUGUUCACUGGCGCGCCGAAUGGAGGAAUGGUGGUUAUAGCUGGCACAGGAUCGAACGCGCUGCUUCGGACAGCGGAUGGACAGCAGUACGGCUGCGGCGGUUGGGGUUACCUGCUCGGAGACGAGGGAGGUGCGUACUGGAUCUCCCACUCCGCCGUCAAAACAGUCUUCGACGAUGAAGACGGUCUACGCCGCGCGCCGCACCGCACCGCGCGAGUAUGGGCUGCCAUUAGAGAACACUUCAAGUGCGAGAACCGCGCCGACCUGCUGCCGCACGCGUAUAAACACUUCGACAAGUCACAGUUCGCAGGUCUCACCCUCAAGCUGUCACAAUUGGCCAUCGAAGGCGACGCCCUAGCUCAGCACCUCUUCGGGCUAGCGGGCGCCGCCCUGGCAUCCCAUAUCGCCGCCCUAGCCGAGAAGGUGAAGGGCCAGAACGGUUCCCGGGACAGUAUAAGGGUGGUCUGCGUAGGUUCAGUGUGGAAGAGCUGGCCGAUCAUGAAGCAUAGCGCGUUGAAGCACUUGGCUAUGAGACGGGUGAAAACCAACUUGGAAUUAGUCAGGCUACGGGUUUCAAGUGCUAUGGGGGCCGCUUGGCUCGCGGCCCGACACAUCGGUUUCAAUUUACCGAGAGACGACUCGGCCUUCUGCGAAGUAUUCUACAAGUAUACCCCAGAAAUUAACGGUAAAAUAAGCAACGGUAAAGCCGAGAACGGCUUAGCCGAAUACCACUGCGGCUCUGGUGUGAUAGGUUAUGCCAGCUAUAGAAGUAGGCUCCAAGCGGCUACUCCGAUCGAUUUGAAAGGCAGAAGAGAGAAAUUCAACUUCAUAGCUGAUGUAGUAGCGGUCGCGGCGCCCGCAGUAGUGUAUAUAGAGAUAAAAGACUCCAGAAGAAUAAAUUUAUUAACCGGAGAAGCGGUGACACUGUCAAAUGGUUCUGGUUUCAUCGUGGAUCCAGAUGGUUUGAUUUUAACCAACGCUCAUGUGGUUGUGAACAAACCAAAUGCGGCUAUACAGGUUAAGCUUAUGGAUGGUUCGACCCACGAGGCGUUUGUAGAGAGCUCUGACCAGGUGUCAGACUUGGCAACCUUACGGAUACCCGUCAGAAACCUGCCCACUGUCAAACUGGGGUCUUCCGCUGACUUGAAGCCUGGCGAGUGGGUAGUAGCGAUGGGUAGUCCACUCUCGCUCAGUAACACAGUGACAGCUGGAGUCGUCAGCUCCACACAGAGAGGGAGUCAAGAGUUGGGAUUACAUGGCAAAGACAUGGUGUAUAUUCAAACAGAUGCUCCUAUAACAUUUGGCAACAGCGGCGGUCCACUGGUGAAUCUGGACGGGGAAGCAAUAGGUAUCAACAGUAUGAAGGUUGUACCGGGGAUAUCCUUUGCCAUACCUAUUGAUUAUGUCAAGGAAUUUUUGAAGAAAGCGUCAUCAAAAACCCAGCCCGUAUCGAAGAGAUAUCUCGGUAUAACGAUGCUGUCCCUCACACCGCACAUGCUUAUGGAGCUCAAGAUGAGGAACCCGGAGAUGUCUGACAUUCAGCAUGGGAUAUUGGUGUGGAAGGUCAUUGUUGGAUCACCGGCGUACAAUGCCGGUCUACAACCAGGAGAUAUAGUCACAACUAUAAAUGGUGCUCCAGUAUACAGCGCGGGGGAUAUCUACGCGGCGUUAGAGUCGACGAAAGGAAAGCUAAUAUUCGGUAUCACUAGAGGCAACGUCAAAACUAACAUCAUCAUAACACCAGAACAACACUAGCUGUACAUUGUACAAUGUUCUAGAAAAGUAAGAAUAUAAGAGCAUUAUACUAGAAUUAAACCCUGUUUUCCGAUUGCAGCACUAGAGCACAUUUUUUCAUUUGAAGCUACAGCAACGCUUCUCACAAUGAAUAACUCUAAGGUUGGGUUGCACCAGAGGCGUGGUUAAAGUUAA